AUGCCUUCGAAAUCUAAGGAUACACUCAGUGUGCGGCCGGUGUCUCGAGGAAACAACCGCUCGCGCAGUCGCAGUCGCAGUCGCAGCCGUUCACCCAAUCCAAAGUCGAAAAAGUCUACACCUAAGAAAACGAAGGAUUAUUCGUCGGAGGGCGUCACGGAUAAUGACAUUUUCAAACUCCCAGCUUCAGACUAUGUAUGGCUCGCUGGCUUGACCCUGGGGGCAGCCGCGGUCCGAUUGUUUCGCAUUUAUCAACCUUCCAGUGUCGUCUUUGAUGAAGUCCAUUUCGGUGGAUUCGCAACCAAGUAUAUCAAGGGCACAUUCUUUAUGGAUGUUCACCCUCCGCUUGCCAAAUUGCUCAUUACAUUGGCUGCCUGGCUCGCUGGCUUUCAAGGCGACUUCAGUUUCAGUGAUAUUGGAAUGGACUAUCUUGAACCCGGUGUCCCCUACGUCGCUAUGCGUCUGCUGCCGGCGAUCCUUGGUGUCUUGACUGUGCCCCUGAUGUUCCUAACGUUGAAAGCAACUGGUUGUAGAACAUCUACUUCGGUCAUGGGAGCAGUAUUGGUUACCUUUGACAAUGCUCUUACCACUCAAUCCCGCUUUAUCCUACUCGACUCACCCCUAAUCUUCUUCACGGCCUUGACAGCAUUAUCGUUUGCGUGCUUCACAAAUCAACAUGAGCAGGGUCCUUCCAAAGCAUUCAAAGGGGCCUGGUGGUUCUGGCUGGUCUUGAGUGGACUUUCGCUAGGUGCCACACUAAGCGUCAAGUGGGUUGGUCUCUUUACCACCGCCUGGUUGGGAUCCAUUACCAUCCUCCAGCUGUGGGUUCUUCUAGGGGAUUCGAAUACAGUCACACCGCGCCUAUGGUUUAAGCACUUCUUUGCCCGAUUCUUCUGCCUCGUUGUCAUCCCCCUUGGGUUCUAUAUCGCAAUGUUUGGCGUUCACUUUCUUUGCUUGGUGAACCCUGGGGAAGGCGAUGGCUUCAUGUCUUCUGAAUUCCAGGCUACUCUUAACUCCAAAGGAAUGCAAGAUGUUCCGGCUGACGUCGUCUAUGGCUCCCGAGUCACUAUUCGUCAUGUUAAUACCCAGGGCGGUUACCUCCACUCGCACGCACAUAUGUAUCCCACUGGAAGCCAGCAACAACAGGUUACGCUCUAUCCACACAAAGAUGAGAACAACGUCUUUCUCCUUGAAAACCAGACGCAACCCGUCGGAGCUGAUGGCGCAGAGAUUGAAGGACCAAUGGCCUGGGAUAACACGACCGCUGAGUACAUCUAUGAUGGGGCUGUCCUUCGACUGUACCACCUGACCACUCAUCGCCGUAUCCACUCUCAUGAUGAACGUGCUCCUAUUACUGAUGCCGACUGGCAAAACGAGGUGUCUGCCUAUGGUUACGAAGGGUUCCCAGGCGAUGCCAAUGACCUCUUCCGUGUUGAAAUCGUCAAGUCCGAGUCUGAUGGCGAAGAAGCUAAGAAGCGCCUGCGUACGAUUCAAACUAAAUUCAGACUUAUCCACGUCAUGACUGGAUGUGCCUUGUUCUCGCACAAGGUAAAGCUACCUGAUUGGGCCUUUGACCAGCAAGAAGUCACUUGCGCCAAACAAGGCACUCUCCCUAAUAGUCUCUGGUAUAUUGAGUCGAACGCCCAUCCCGCGUUGACAGAAGAUGCGGAGAAAGUUAACUACCGAAACCCCGGUUUCUUGGGAAAGUUCUUGGAGCUUCAGAGAGUCAUGUGGACGACCAACGCCGGUUUGACCGAAUCGCAUGCCUGGGACUCUCGCCCUCCUUCAUGGCCAACUCUCCUUCGUGGUAUCAAUUUCUGGGGUAAAGACCACCGCCAGGUCUAUCUGUUCGGAAAUCCUCUCAUUUGGUGGUCGUCGACCGCCACGAUUGCCCUUUAUAUCGCCUUCAAGGGCCUCGCAGUACUCCGCUGGCAAAGAAGCUGCAAUGACUACAAGAACGUCAACUUCAAGCGGUUCGAUUAUGAAGUCGGCACUACAGUGCUUGGCUGGGCUUUCCACUACUUCCCGUUUUUCCUCAUGGCCCGUCAGCUGUUCUUGCACCAUUACCUCCCAGCUCUGUACUUUGCCAUUAUGGCUUUGUCGCAGACUUUUGACUUUGUCUUGAACCGUGUUCAGCUACCUGUCAUCGGCAAGCGAUCAAUCGUUGGCAGCGGCCUCAUCGCAACUUUCCUUGCCUUGAGCGUCGGUGUCUUUGUUAUCUACUCUCCCCUCACCUAUGCAAAUCCUUGGACAACAGAUGCUUGUCAGAGCGUGAAAUUGCUAGAUUCUUGGGACUUUAAUUGUGCUAUGUUUCAUGCUAACUUGGACGAUUAUAUAACGCCAUAUUCAAACGCAAACGUGCCAGUGAAGUCACAGGUCCCUGUUGCUCCUAUCCAAAACCAGAAUCAGCAACAACCCAUCGGCGAAAACCCAGACGGCAAUAAGCAAUACGUAACCCCACAGCCAGCGGGCUCAAACCGAAUUAUCGGCCGUGAAGAGCGUAUCGAAUACCGCGAUGAAGCCGGCAAUCUUUUAGAACCAAAGGAAGUCGCCAGACUACAAGCAGAAGGAAAAGUGUCCUUGCAAACCAAAUACCAGACUCAAACCCGAGUCAUUGAUGCAAGCGGCAACCAAAUCAUCAAGAAUUCCGAACAUGCUCCUCCACACCCCGAUGUCGAAGGCCAGAACCCAGAGACGAAUCGGAAUGGAGAGGAAAGCGUUGCUCGGAAUGAACCAGCGUCAGUCGCGGGUUUGGAGAAGUCUGUUUAUGAUGAACAGGUUGCUAGUGCGGCUAAACCUGCCAGUGAGGCUCAAGGAGCGACGAAAUGA